ACUCACGUUCGCGCGUUACCUCGCUCCCUCUUCCACAUUCGCCGUAUCUCUUUCUCUCUACCACUUCUUCGAUCCCGCUCUCUGUGUGUCUCUUUCUUUCUCUCUCUCUCUCGCUUCGCCGCGCUGUGCCGGAGUAGCCUCCGUGCGCCUCCUUCUCGUCCCCACUGACGCGGUCCCACUGACGCGCCGCGAGGCUGCCGAGCGCCUCUCCUCCGUCGUGCCGCAGAGCGCUUCGUAGCUCGCGGCAGUGGUACGCGAAGCAGAGCGUCACGUCGCGAGUAUCCCGAGAUACGAGUCACGGCUGUUAUCCGCGCGAAUCAGCGGCCAGGUAGCUGGCGCGCGCGCGCGCGUGCACCGUUUGCCCGCGAUUGGUGUUGAAGUGCGCGUUUACCGGUACCGUCGGCGACCCGGAGCGGACCAUGAGGUAGCGCGAGGAACCUGGUGCUACUCGGCUUUGGUGAACCGCGGCUCUGGUCGUGCAAGAACCGUCGUCCGUCCGUCCGCUGUCACGCUAAGCGACGUCUCCCAAAUGUGAGCCGCCAGAAUUGUGAGCUACCACCGAGAGAAAGAGAGAGAGAAAGGGAGAGAGAAAAGAAAGAGAGAGCGCCGAGGGAGAAAGACCCGGUUCAAAUUGCACGAUAGGACGGGCACACACACACACACACACACACACAUACACGUCGUCGUUGCGCCCGUAGCUGUCGAUCACACCGCUCGGUCAGUGACGGUUUUGCUCAUUGUGCGGAAGUGCGUUUUCUUUGAUACGUGACAAGUGUUACGUCGUCGGCAACGGGGGUAGUCCAGGCUACCAGCGCGCGGCCAGGAUGAUAUGAGCACGCUUGGCAGACUGAGGAUGUCCUCAAAGAGGAAGUCGCCACCAACGAAGCUAUCGGAGGGCGGGGGCGGUGCGGGUACAGUGGCAGGCGCCAACGAGGAGGAGGAGGAUACGACCUCGCCGGUAGCCGGUUCCGGUGGCGAGGCAACCGUGGGUGAGGAGGGUGCCGCCACCCCGGUCGACAUCGAGGAGUGCUACUCCCAUCAGAGAGGAGGCGGCGAGUGCGAGUCGUCCGGCUGUUCGUCACCGGCGACGACCAGCGAGCCGGAUCUGCGUGACUCGCCAUCGCCCUCGUUGAAUUCCCUGCGGACGGCCAAGCGGCAGAGGCUGCUCUUCCUCUCGAACCAGGAGACCCUCGCGCCUUACCACCAUCCCCAUCACCACCAUCACCACCACCACCAUCACCAUCACCACACGAACACGUCUUCGUCGUCGGGCGGCGUACUGGAACCGGCGAGCUCCUCGGAGUGCGGCUCGCCGCCUACCCUCCUCUCCGUCGACCCCUACUACCCCCAUCACCCGCACCACCACAACAAUAACAACACCGUCACGCAGAACAACAACAACAAUAACGGCAGCGGCACCGCCGCCGCCGGUAGCAAGAGGUCCAUGGACGACGUUCUUAAAAGGUUAACGUGCAAGAUGAACAGCGAGUCCCUGUCCAUUCAGGAUGACACCAGCAACACCAAGCGGACGUCGCCGCCGCUCUCUUCCACGCCGACUGGCCACAAUGCGCAUAGCGGAGGCACGACCACCGUGGCAAAUAACGUGGCACUUUCGCCCCCGGGUGCCGGAAGGAUACCAAACACGGAGGCGCAGGUACAGCAGGACGGCGUGGCGGCCCUUCACAGGGUCCUCUGCGCCGAGAGCUUCGCCGAGAAGGAGCGUCGACUGUCGGAGAUGAUCCUGCAACUGCAGCUGAUCAGGGAGCAACUGCUGCAACAGCAGGACCAGUCGAAGUCGUAUCCCGCUCACAUGACGGUCGACUCGCAGAAGCAAAUCGAGAUGCAGCGGCUGCAAACGGAGCACUUGAAGCGGCAGCAAGAGCACAUCAUGCAGCACAACAUCCAGGAGUUGCAGGCCCAGAUGACAAAGAGUCAGCUGAGCAUGUCGGGGCCGCAGUCGCUGAUGUUCCUGCCGUUUCUCGAGCAGCUCCGAGGGCUGCCGGUGCAGUCGCCCAUGCCCCCGCCGCCGGCCACGUCGACCGCCACCACCGGCAACAAGCACAUCAACUCCAUCGCCAACAUGAUCAGCAGUCAUCGGGAGGGUCCGAGUUGGGCGACCGCGCACCUCGCGCAGAUGACCACGCAGAUGGAGAAGGAGUCGUCACCGGCGCCGAUCUCAUCCGCCGUAGCGCCGACGGCCCCGCCUCUUCAGGAUCUCGAUGCUCCACUGAACCUCACCAAGCCGAAAUCCUCGUCCUCGGGCGCCACGGCGUCCUCGUCGCCCGGCAGCGACUCGCAUUCGACCGGCGCCGGGAGCAGCGGCCAGCAGGAACAACCGUUGGCGGCAACCGCGCCCAAACUCUUCCCACCGGGGCUGCCGAUACCGCGGAAUUACCUGCCGACGCUCUCUUACGCCGGACUACCGCCGCAUCUCGGCACUCUGUCCUCGCCGAUGAGCAAGGUAAUGGCCAAAGACGAAGCCGGCGGACCGGGAGGAUCCGUGGCGGCCGCUGCGGUCGCGGCCGUAGAAAAGCACUUCGCGAUGCACGGGCUUUACGGGCUGCCGCCGAGCGCAGGUGCGACCGUCGGACCGUCGGCCCAGACUCAGAGACCGAUCAAGCACUCCGGCUCUCGGGAGGAAACGGCGCAGGAAGAGCAAGAUUUUCUCUCGACGUCUCACAUGUGGCGAGACCCGGCAUAUAAAGUAGCGGAGGACAUAACGGAAAAAGCUAAAAUGGUGAGGCAGCAGAAAAGGGAGGGUGAGAAUAAACCACAUAUCAAGCGACCUAUGAACGCAUUCAUGGUGUGGGCCAAGGACGAACGUAGGAAGAUCUUGAAAGCCUGCCCAGACAUGCACAAUUCGAACAUAUCGAAAAUUCUUGGCGCCCGAUGGAAAGCCAUGUCGAACUCGGAGAAGCAGCCUUAUUACGAGGAGCAGUCGCGGCUGUCGAAGCUGCACAUGGAGAAGCACCCGGACUACAGGUACCGGCCGCGGCCGAAGCGCACGUGCAUCGUCGACGGCAAGAAGAUGCGCAUCUCCGAGUACAAGUCGCUGAUGCGGCAGCGACGGCAGAACAACAUACGGAUGUGGUGCGGCGUGCGGGACGGCGGCCCGGAGAUGGGCUUCCUGUCGCCUGUGGGCGCCGACCUCGGCUCCCAGCAUCACCCGGGCACCGGCGCCGGCCCGUCGGCGCGUCCCUCCGUCUCGCCGCCGGCGACGAUGCUGAACGGCAGCGGGGCCGCCGGCCCGAGCUCGGACCACCCGUCCUUCUACUACCCGCAGGACAGCCUCUCGCCCACGGACAUGAUGAACUUCUCGCCGGAGAACUCGGGCUCGAUCGGCGGCUACGACGCGAGUCCGCGGCACCACGACGAGGAUUGAACCGUGGCUCCGGGUCAGCCGCUAUGGCCGCCCGGAGCAUCGUCCUCGUCAUCCUCAUCGGCCGCGGCAGCGGCGGCUGCCGCGGCCGCUACGGUCGUCGCGGCGGCGUCCACGUCGAGACUCGCCCACGAGCUCUUCUGGUAACCGGAAUGAUCGCCCGUCUCGGUGUGACGCGCGUCUCCUGAGACACGCGGGAGCCGCGUCACAGGCAGCGAACGGCGGCGUCUGAUAAGCGCGCGCGCGGAAAGUCGCGCUCGAAAGCGUGACGAAAGGCCCGAGGACUGCUCUCGGAGAGGAGGACGCGCCGUCUCUCCGGAGCCGGAGAUUGUGUGAUAUAAACGUUCUGUCUCUCUGUGCCAUCACGAAACGUCAAGGAGCGCGUCCGUCUGCUCGGAGAGUCCGCCGAGGCGUCGCUCGGUCGUGCUCUCGCUCCGCGCGAUCAAAUUCUCCCUCGCGCGAAAACCCCCGAUCGUUCGUCCUUGCAUCCGAAUUCGAAUCCCUCGUUGAAGAAACCCGGGUGGGAAUCCGCAUAAGAAGUCCAUACAGGGAACCCAGGUCUUAGGUGACGAUCCACGUGGAUACCCGCACGGAUAUUGAAUUUCCCACGUGGAUUCCCAUAUUUUCCCGACCGACCCGGAGAUUUUCAACGGGGUCGGUUCCCGCGAGUCUCAUCUCGCCACUUUCGACCGAAACCGACCGGCCGACUUCGCGACACGAGCGAUCGUCCGGGAGAGACGAAUGACCACCAUCGCCGUCCUUCGCUCGGAGCGACGUCGGAGCGGCGCACCACGCCGGCGGAACUCUCUCGGCGCUUCUUUCCUUCUCAUCGUAAUCGUAAUCAAAAGUGCGGCCCGCGCGAGGAACGCGCGAUAAUGAUAAACGCGCGUGUGAUCGCAACGGUGUGUAGCUGAGCGCGUUACGGGACACGACGAGAGGACCGGCCGACGACGCUCGCACCGGUGAACCUCGCACCUCCCAGCCGUCGCGGAGCGAGGGCUGCACUCGCGCCCACUCGCACGACUUUUUAUAUAAGACAAUCGCAAAUCGGACCGCGCCGACACUCGGAUUCGCGACGACUAGCGUGACUCCGAUUCCCUCGAUCGGACACUUCGAUACAUCACGUAGCGACGACAUCGCGUUGAACCACGUUGCGCGCGACACGAUGCAUGGCCAAAAAAAAAGAAAAAGUCUUGUUCCUAUUCCUUCUAGUGUGUGUGUGUGUGUACGUGUCUCCGUACUCGGUACGCGCCAUUCCGCCCGGCGGCGUGUCGAACGGGGAGGAGGAGAAAAAGAUAAACGAAGAAAAAAGACGGUAGAGGUAAAGAGAGAGAGAGAGAGAGAGAGAAACUGGCAUCUAACAGCGCAUCCCCCGCCCGCCGCAACGAUCGCGCGCGUCCGGACGCGCACGUGGCGUUCUAAUCUCACCUGCCUGUCUACCUAAACGACCGCCAGCCUGUUGCCCAAUGUGCACCACCGUACACGUAAUAUAACGACUGCGUUCGGUGCGCCGAAUUACGGUCGGAAGAAGAGUGAGAAAAACCAAACGAAAAAGAAAGAAAAAAACCAUCACACACGUUAAAGAAGAUGAUCGCUCGCUCGUGCGCGACUCGUCCCGCGCGUAUAUAUACAUAUAUAGGAAGAAGCACGCGCGUGAGAGAGAGAAAGAGAGAUAGAGAGGGAGAGAGAACGCGACGAUCUUCGUAAUUUGUAAUAUUAUAAAAUGCUUAGUACUUAUAGUAUUUUCAACGUUAAUUUAUUGAUCCUAAUGUAAUACACACGGCGCGUAGCCGAGGCAAUAGUCGACUGACUCGCGGGGGGGGGGGGGGGGGAGGCCGAGUGACGAGAGCGGUGAAAGACAGGACGGAGCGUUAUCGCGGAACGUCGAUCUGUUAGUACAACGUUAGUCCCGGUCUACGAUAGAUGCUUUAAGCUCCGAGCCUUAAAAAAUUGACCAAUCACAGUCGAAUUACGGAAGAAAGGUCAAUUAUGAUUGGUCGAUUUCUUAAAUCUUGCGCCUUAAAUUCUCACUGUCAAACCCCGCGUCACGACGAAAGUUGUUGCGGAGAGGAUCAGCGUUGCGGUCUCGAUCGAUCCGGCGCGCAAAAGCACACCUUCCGCGCGUUUGUUUCCGCGGAUACGAUGCGACAACGGUAGAUACGGCGCGUUGUGUUUCUCCAUUAUUCGUCGGAUUAUUACGUUCGCGAACGAAGAGAGGUUUGCCGUAUACGUAGAGAUACAAGAGGGAGAGGAGGGGGGGCCGAUGCGGAGGAGAUAUUCGUGCGAACUCGUGCAAACCGAUGUGUAACGAGAGGCGAAUCAACGACGGUUGUAAACGGUAGUUGAAACAGCAGCAGCAGCGUAGUCUGAGAGACGAUCGGAUCAGCGGCGAUGUGUGUGUAACGAUGAUAAUGAUUUGGAGCUCGAUGUGAUAAUACUUAUGUGCCAAAUAGCGUUUUCGCGGGCAGGGGGUCGAUCAAAGCCUCUCUAGUUCCGAGUCGCCUCGUUGGCUCGACGUGAAAAACGAAUUUUUGCGUCUCCUCUUUUUUUUCCACUUCUCUUUUCCUUUUCUUUUUUUCUUUCUUUUUUUUUUGUUAUUUAUAAUCAGUGCAAUUAUAUAUACACGGUACCUAAUAUAAUUUUAUAAAGAGAGCCAGUAUCCUCAAUAUAUCUGCACCUGUUUCGUUUUGGGGCCUCGAUAGGUGUCAGAUUAGGAUAGCUUAAUGUUGAUAAUAAUUUAUUUUAUGUAUAUAAUGGAUUUGUACAAUGUACGUCGGGGAUAAUUAUCGAUCAUGCGAUCUGACACGAGCGUCAAUAUUAUUAAUGUACAGUGUAACUAUAUUGUGAUGUAUCUACAUAGCUACGUUAUGUAUGUAAUUAUUCGAGGUAUGUAGAUUAACAAUGUUAAAACGCGACACGUAUUCUUAUUUUCAUUGUCAUUAUUGUCUUUAUUGUGAUGGCGAUGAUUAUUAUUACUAUCGACACCGUCGUCGUCAUUAUUAUUAUUAUUAUUAU